AUCCACAAAGACAAAAAGCAAAAAUCGCUGGCGAAACUCACCAGGGUAUUGGCUGGACGCCCAGUUUGUCAUGCAGAAUAACGUCAACAAUGAGGGUUUAACUCAAGCGCCGGCUGAAGUUGAAGCAGUGAGCUUUUUUUUCCAAAAGAGCUGGCAGAAACACGAUGGAGUGAACGGUAUCUUUCUUUAAUGCUGUAUGAUUACAGAUGCGGAUUCUGCCUCAGUGUUGCGGUGUAGUUGGAGCUGUUUACGGUUGUAGUGGACAACACUGAGGAACCAGUUACUUGCGUGGCGCUGGAUUCCGGUCUGAUUACUGAGUUUGCCACAUUACUCUCCCAUAUCUCGUCUCUGGAGACUGAACUCUAACCGUGAGCAAAGUUGCAGUGUCACGUUAGCCCCUAAUGAUUUGUACAAACGCUGGCUUUCUUUCUGCUGUUGUGCCGAAUUCUUUCUGGAACUUCCAGCUUUCAUUUUGAGCAACUGUUUCGCUGAUAUUGGACUGGUGGGCGCUGCCGUCAGAUUUUAGUGUAGAUCGCGGAAGUGCAGUUGGAAGUGUAUAAAGAGUGAGUACUAGGAAUUUAUCGACCUCUCCUUACCUCGUUUUGUAAUGCUGGGCUUCGCUUUGGAGCUGAGGAGCUGCACUGGCCCCUUGAACCGGAGCUGGCGACUGUUUCGGGAAGAUUUCUGGAAAUGCAACAGUUGCAGCCAGACAAGAACACUUACCACAUACAGAAAACUUCACUAUCCAGUAAUUAUCCCAACGAAGCCAACCCUCACUACCAGUUAUGUUCAUGGUGCCGUGGAUAUCCCACUCGUUUCCAAAAGCAUUGGUCAGUGCCUUGAAGAAAUAGCCAAUAAGAGCCCUGAUAAAGAGGCUAUGGUGUUUCUGCAGGAUGGAAUCAGGAAAACAUUUGGACAAUUCAAACUGGAGGUUGACCAAAUGGCUGCAGGACUGCUCGCCAUUGGACUGGAGAAAGGAGACCGGCUAGGCAUAUGGGGACCAAAUAUAUAUGAGUGGGUAUUGAUGCAGUUUGCAACAGCACAAGCUGGUGUCAUUUUGGCUAACAUUAAUCCAGCAUACCAAGCUCGUGAGGUGGAGUUUGUGCUGAGGAAGGUUGGCUGUAAGGCUCUGGUCUGUCCCACAAAGUUUAAGACCCAAAUUUACUAUGACAUCAUUAAGCAAUGUUGUCCAGAAGUGGAAAAAGCCACUCCUGGGGACCUGAGGAGCAAAAGACUUCCAGAUCUGAGGACAAUCAUCAUGAUUGGUAGUAAGCCUCCUGGAACGUACAGCUUUGACGAGGUCUUUAAUGCAGCUUCAAGCAGCCAUCAAGAGCUACUACUGAGACUCCAAAGGAAAAUCAGUUUUGAUGACCCAAUAAACAUCCAGUUCACCUCGGGCACAACCGGAAAUCCCAAAGGAGUUACCCUUUCCCAUCAUAACAUUGUCAACAAUGCUCGUUUCAUAGGAUACAGGAUGGGCUACGUUUGGCGGAAUGCUCGGAUCACUUCUCCAGUGCCACUCUUUCACUGCUUUGGUUGUGUAGGAGCUACUAUGAAUAUGGUCAUUUAUGGCUGCAUGGUGGUAUUUAGCUCUCCACAUUUUGAUGGACGGGCCUGUCUUGAGGCAGUCCAGCGAGAAAGGUGCACGGUUAUUUACGGAACACCAACAAUGUACCUUGACAUGCUGAACCAGAAGGACUUCUCUACUAUUGACUUGUCAACACUUGAAGCAGCAGUUGUUGCUGGUGCUUCAUGUCCUGUUGAAGUGGCCAGGAAAAUCAAAACUGAAUUCAACAUCACUGAAUUUGUUGGGGCAUAUGGAACGACAGAGAACAGCCCAGUCACAUUUCAAGGAUUCCCAAUGGAUGAAAUAACACGGAAACUAGAAACAGUUGGAUAUGUUGCCCCUCACAUCGAGGCCAAGGUUGUGCAUCUUCAAAGUGAGGAACUUCUUCCCUUGAACACAGCAGGGGAACUGUGGAUCCGGGGAUACACUGUUAUGUUGGGAUACUGGGAUGAACCAGAAAAGACAAGGGAAUGUAUCACCCCAGAGGGCUGGUACAAAACUGGUGAUAUUGCCGAACUUGAUGCAUAUGGUUACUGUCGGAUUGUUGGCCGAUGUAAAGAUAUAGUUAUCCGUGGAGGAGAGAACAUUUAUCCAGUAGAAGUGGAAGCAUUUCUGUACACACAUCCAAAAAUACAUGAAGUCCAGGUGGUAGGAGUGUAUGAUUACAAGAUGGGUGAAGAGCUCUGUGCCUGUGUGAAAGUGAACGACGGAAUGGAAUGUACAGCUGAGGAGAUUAAAACGUACUGUAAAGGACAGAUCUCCCAUUUCAAGAUCCCACGGUACAUGGUGUUUGUCAAUGAUUUCCCUCGGACUCCCAGUGGGAAGAUUCAAAAAUACAAACUGAAGGAGCAAAUGGAAGUACAACUGGGACUUGGGCCUAAGUAAUGAAAGGUCACAUCAUUGUCACAGAGGGAAAUACCAUGACCCCUUUGAUACCAAAAAUCUUUUGCUUAUACUGUCUGUAUGAGUGCCGUACCAUAGACAACCCUUCCUUAUUAUAAAAUACAUCUUUCAUGGGCUCCGUGCUAUUGUGCAUUCUACUCAAAACACUUAAUCCAUCUGAAAAGGUCUUAUAAACUCUUCACGAUUUUCAAAUUCCAUAAAAUAUAGCUUAUUCCAGCAUUGUAUAAUCUGCAAUAUUCCAUCCUUGGCCUGUUAUCUUCUUCCCUCCUGUGACCCUAUAUAAUGUCAUUUGAACCUCUCUGUCAUUACAUCAGAAAGUUGAGGGAAUGUUUUGAGAAAAUAACUCAAUGUCCCUGUCCAUGAAGAAAAGCUUUGACCUUUUCCAUCAAACCAACAGGGGAAAGUAGGAAUAAAGGUCGUGCAAUUGAAUUUGGUUCUUGGGGCACAGUCUGGGUGGAAUACUGGCUACCAUUCUUUGCAUUAGUAUGUUGUUGGUAAAACCUCCUGUGGGUGUGAAAAUGUUAAACAGUAAAGAAACCAUUCUAUCAGUACAGUUCUAGUUUAAUCUGAGCAUUAUGUUUGCUCUCCCUUCAUUUAUUCUUUUCUGCUGCUUAUGUCAGAAGGAAGAGUUUAAUUCUGUAUAGUUAUCCUAUGCACUUACAGUAACACACAUUAGUUUAUAAGUUUCACACUUACUACAUCAUUUGUGUACAGCAACUCAGUGGGAUUGAUUUCUUUCUGCCCUCGGUGCUGUGAUUGAGGUGCGUCUGUCCUCUUUCUUAGAGCAAGUUUUUGUUUAAUUGCUGUAGUGAAAUCAUCGCUUAGUAACACAUUUGCCCUUGGCAAGGGCCUGGGAGCCUGAAGGUCUCACCCAUUGCCUCUGGGCCUUUGAUCUCUAUUUUAAAUGAGGGGUUUGGGACAAGUGCCAACGCCUACUUUUUUGAGUCACUGCAUGUGGUGACCCCUGAGACCAAGGUGGGAAAGAAGAGAGCAUCCUCCCCUCGGUGCAACCAAUUCUGACAUAAAUACACCAUCUGCUUUCUCACAAGUGUAUGCAAAGCAUAUUUGUAAUCCAUACAGUUAUAGAAUUUGAUCAGACACUGCUCUAUAAUUCACUGCUUUUGUUCAUUAAAACUAUGAAUAUUAAUCCGGGACAUAUACAAUAUGGCUCUAAUCGUUAACCUGUUCAAUUGGCUCUAAAAUUUGUUUCUUGUAGUUUGCCAAAUAUCCAUCAUGAUCUAAUUAAUUGUUUGAACAACUUUAAAGACCUUAUUCCUGUAUUACAUAAAAAUGGAAUCGUUGAAUGACAGUGCUCCUUCCAAUCUCAGUUAGGCACUGCACGAAUGGUAAAUAUGAAUAUAUAACCACAAAGUAAUACAUGUUGGGAUGUUGCAUAAGUGUAAGGUUUGGGUUGCGUGCUUGAGUCAGCCUUGCAUGACUGCAGCCUGUCAGGUGACAAAAGGUGAAGAAAGACGACCAUGGCACAAUGUGAUGGUCUGCAGGAACCCAGAAGACAAUUGUGGCAGAUUCUGAUUGGUUAAGGGAAUAAUAAGGUAGGCUUAGUGCAAUUAGUUAUGCUAAUGUAACGGGGAUAGGGCAUGGCUUUUAGAACAGCAUAAACAUUAGAGUACUCUCACUGUUUGUAGGCUUUUAGGGUUGACUUCUCUCUUGGCCACAACUUUUGUUCGCAAAUAAAGGCUUAUCAUUUUGAGGAAUUCUCUGUAUCUCCUGGUCAUUCCUAAAUGGUGCUAUCAACCACAACAGAAUUGGCGCUGCGAGCAGGGUCAGAAAGAGACCUAUACAAAGGAGGCAGCAGCCUGAGGAUGUUUCCUGGUCCAUCGUGGACCCUCCCAGGCCUCACAGAAUAAGGGCUGGCCACCCACAAAAAGAGAUAAGUAUCUUCUUGAUAAUUUAGAUUAAAUUCUGUUAAGUGAGGGAGGUCCUCAGGGAUGCAGAAAAGCUGCUGAAAAGUCUCUCUGAUCCAAAGAAUCAAAGAGUUAAUAAUAAAUUGAAAUUUGAGGAGACUCAUAGGAUUAGUCAAGUAAACUAUGCAGUGAGAAAAGUAGGAAUAGAAAGUAGAAAUUGUCUGAUAUAAAAUUCCACGUGGUAUUAGUAAGUCCUUGUGGAUACCGCCUCACUGGUCACAAGGGUCUGCACGAGCAGGGCAGUAUUAGUAAGUCCCUGUGGAUACCGCCUCGCCGGUUAUGCGGUUCUGCACGAGCAGGGUAGUAUUAGUACAUCCCUGUGGAUACUGCCUCACCGGUUGCGAGAGUCUGCUCAGGCAUGGCAGUGUAAUGUUAGUAAGUCCCUGUGAAUACCGCCUCACCAGUCACGAGGGUCUGCACAGGCAGGGCAGUGUGUGUGUGUGUGUGAGAAGAGAGAGAGACUCUGACUCAGCGCUGAUUCACGGUAGCUUACAGAAAGUUUGCCCCUUUGUGCUCCAGUUUGAAGGCACAUUUGCUUGUUGGUGAUUGAAUGUUUGUGCUUUAUUCCCUGGAGCUCGAGAUCAGGAGUGUUUUGAAUUCAAUUUGCACUUUGGAAAUUUAAGAUGAUUUCUUUCAAGGGUUUUAAGGAACCAUCAAUGAUUAUGAAAUGCAAAUUUUGUAAAAAAAAGUAAUACUAAUGAAAUAUUAACCCACCCAUUCUUCUUACAGACUUGAUUGCUCUACUGUCAAUUUCUAACUCGUCGCAUUUUAUGUUUACAUGACAGCCAAUCUUAUUUAAAUUCAAAUCAGUUUAAUAUGGAGGAAGAUGACUUUACAAUUUUACACCAGUAUAAACAUGCUCUCAAAUCCCCCAUAAUUUCAUGCUACUGCCAAAGAUCAAUUUCACCCCCUUCACCUCAUUGAACUAAUCAAAGAUUUGACAAAAGGCAGUAAAAGCAGCAGCACUGUAAAUCCUGGCCUCAGCAGGUGUCUGCUCAAUGUUUAUUGAUAACAUUGUGGAAAAUCACCUCAGAUUUUAACAUUUGCUCAUUGAGUCGAGGAAUUAAUGAACUUUAUAGAAUUUAGUUUAAAAUUAUUUAGAACUGAAAGUAUAAAGGUAGAUCCAAAAUAUCACAAACCAUUAACAUCGUUUUCAGAAAAUUAUGAAAGUUUUGUUUCGGACUCGUUUGUUUCCACUUAAGACUACUGCAUCUCAUUGAUGAUUAUGGAGUGCCAAUCGUGGCUUUACUCUAUAUCAAUUUCCCUCCCUUACUGAGAAUUGAAGUUUUGGUUGAACAUUAUGUUGUGAAAAUCAUGUAAUAAAACUUUAUAUCCUAUUGUUAAUAUCUA